AUGGAACCUCCAUCGAACAGGACCACUACUGAACAAGCCGCUGAACAGCUACCCUAUUACCAAUGCAAUGCGGCACAAUCGUUCAUCAAUGUUCCUCGGAGUAGAAGAAUGGCAGCGAUUGAGCUCUCUCCUCCUCCACCAAAAACUUUAAAGAAGAAAGUAAGUGAUUCAUCCCAUGGGAAUAAACAGCAAACAGAAAGGACAGUAGAAGCCCGCAACAACAUACCAGACCACUCCAUGGAAAUGCGGUCGUUAAGGAAAUCGUUGAGUCUAUUACGAUUCAUUGCACUGGCACUUCCCUUGUGCCGGCUAGUGCAGAUGGUGAAUCUUGAUCCUCUGUUUGACCUAGCUGCAUUGGCAACAGAUCGAGAAUUGAAGGGCAAGGAACUCACCCAUUUUGUCAACAACAACCUUGCUACUAAAACAGUUGACGAAGAUGAUGAUUUUGGCGGUGAACGACCGGGACUAGUGUUGCACAUUGGACCUCAUAAGACGGGGACAACUUCCAUUCAAACUUCAUUGGAGCGAUUCCGGUCCGAGCUCACAGAGGAGGGCUAUGCCAUUCCACCUCGCAUCAUGGGUGGACCGCCCAGUUUCUACAAGUUUUCGAAUGGUGAUGAUUUCUGGAGCACACAUCUCGUUUGCCAUGCUCUCUUUCCCAAACCUCUGGGCGAAAAUUUCCGCAACGAAACAAUGGCCGUCUUUCAUAAGUUUUUGGAAGAGUCCAGUGAGCAAAAUCGUACCGUGCUGCUCAGCACCGAGUGCUUUGCCAGCCUCUUUCAAAACAAGGCAAAAAUAUUGAUAGACGAGUGGUUGGCUCCAUUUCGACCUGUUCAUUUGGUAGUCGCCUACCGUCAAUUGCACUCUUGGCUGUGGUCCGCCUUUACCGAAUUGUACAAGGACAACCGUGACUUGCAGUUUUCAGACUUUCUACGUGGUCAGAUCAAGCACGAGAAGCGAACCUUUUCGGAAGCUGUGGUCAACUUUAUGCCCUAUGUCGACACGAUUCAUGUCAUUAACUACGAGGACAAGUCCAUCCCGUUGCUAGAACAGUUCUUUUGCUUGGCACUGCCGAAUGGUUCGCAAAGCAAAGCCUGCCAAAAGUUGCGACAGGAAGCCAACGAAACAGCCCAGGUUUCGGCCAACCGUGGCAAACCGAUGGAGUAUUUUGAAUACCAAAAUUUGGUCAAGAUUGCCAAGAAACAAGGCAUUAUCCAAGACGACGUGGAUCGAGAAGUGGCAGUGAAGCAUGCCGCCAAAUACAUACAAAACUUGACGAAAUUCAUUCCCAUUGGCGCCAUGCCUCAUGAAAACUGCGUGGAAAUGCCACUGUUGGAAAAGCUGUGGAACAUGACCCUGGCGAAUGAAGAGGAUGUGGCCCGUGUCUCGAAAAUCAAAGCCCUGGAAAUGCCCCUCCGAACGUUUGCGAGCAAUGGUCAUCACUGCGCCUUGAGCCCACUGCCACGAGAAAAAUGUUUGAAAACGUCACUUUUGGAGAAUUUCUGGAGGAUGACCGCGGAGGAAGAAGAUGCUGCUAUGGUCGAUGGUUGGGAUAACAAGCAACAUCGAGUCGAAGAAUUGCUAACCUCCUUCCAAACGUUUCUUAGCAAGGGUCUUCAUUGCUCCGUCAGUUGGCAGGAGGUGCUGACGAGGGACGAAGAACUGGUGGCGUUUCUGGGGAAGCUAAAUAAGUAG